GUUUGACGCGUCCCGGCACGGCUCUCUCGCCAGACGCAACACAAACCCCUCGCUCGCAGCCUCGCCCACUUCUCGUAACAUAAAAAGUGUUGUGGAGGCUGAGUUGCGUGGAGUGUGUGUGUGUGUGUGUCUCCAUACGAGUCACGUGGCGGUGUUGUGGAGCAGGAGUGUGUGUGGGGGUGUUUACAUAGCGUGGUGGUGGGCGGUGCUCUCUAUUGCGGCCGCUUGCUGUUUGGGGAAGCUGUUUGUUGCCUCUCCAGGUGUGUGUGUCUUCCUCUCCCAUCUCUCCUGACACCUCUGGUGCCUCCUGACACCUCUGGUGCCGCCUGACACCUCUGGUGCCGCCUGACACCACAGCUGACGAUGCAUUGGUCACCAGUCGUCGACUAUCGCCGGGCACCCUUGCCAAUCCGGCUGUGAUACUCCUGUUUUGGUGCCUAGGGCAGGAGGAUGAGUGCCACGGGGGCAGUGAGUGCCUACUGACCGCCCACAGUGAGUGCCAGAGUGUGGGUAUGCGCGGUGAGAGAGAAUGCCCCGUGUGUGCGCGCGCGUGCAGAAGGCGCGGACAGUGAACAGGUAACUACUUAUAGCAGUAGUGCUAAUGACUCGCUGCGGUAGGCUUGAGCAGCCACGCUGAGUGGUCAGUUAUGGUAACUUUAGUAGUGCUAGACGAUGGUAGUGUAGUUAGUGACCUGUGUGGGAGGUUGUUCGCCCCUGCUGGCCAUCAACACAUACUUGAGGUCGAGAUGAGAAGUGCAGUGUAGCCAGUGUCCCCGCGACCAGCCGUCUGCGCCAUGCACGUGCCCCCAGGCGUGCAGCCGUGCCCUUCCUGCUACGCUUACUGCGUGCCCCGACCGCCAGGACCGUCUGGGGCAUCACCCGGGGCACUGCCAGGCCCCGGCGCCCCUCCUGUGCCCCGGCACGCCCACCCGCAGGUGCUGCAGCAGCAACAGCAACAGCAGCAGCAACAGCGAGACAGCCCAGGAAACAGCCCUCACCACAGCCCGCACCGCACGCAGCCCAGACCUAUACACCAGCCCCCGACCUGCAGUCAACACCACCCACCUUUCCCAGACAACCGGUUCGGUUCCCUGCCCCACUCCCAACCCGUGCCCAAGGUCCCUCCCCACUAUAAUUCCCUGCCCCACCACCAGCCCCAGCCUCCCCCCCUUCCCCCACACCAUGGGUCUGGGGGUCCCCCCACACAUCAUCACAUUGAAUGUGACCCCCCGCCACCUCCCCCUCAUGGAGGCGUACCCCCAGGGCGGCCGCACGUGACCCCAGGACCCCGACCCCAGCACCACUGUCAACCCCCCACCCAGCCUCCGCCCCCACCACCACCCCCACACUCCGCCUACCACUGUCAACCCCACCGCUGUCCACCCCCCACAUCACACCCACAUUCCCAGCCAUAUUAUGGCAACAUUCAGAACUACCUUCCCCCACACAUCCAGUCCCCACACCCACCCCAACAACACCCGCACCCUCAACACCAGCACCCUCAACACCUUCCUCCACCACACCCUCAACACCCCCCUCCCCAGCUACACCCUCCACAACCACCCCCAACUUUCUACGGGAGCGGGCCGCCCCACCAAGCUAACGGAAACUGUGGGCACCCGGGACAGGGCAACCCUCCACCUGCACAGACCACCACCGUGUACGCCUCGUGCUAUGGGCAUCUGCCCCCUCCACGACCCCCACCUCUCCCGCCCCCCCUGCCGCCACCCCAACCCUUCCAGCAGCAGCGAUACGGGUGUCUUCCCCACCAACACCUGGUGCCGCCUCCCCCACUGGCCCUACAGCAGCAGCAGCAGCAGCAGCAGCACCAGCAGCACCUCCUCCAGCAGCAGCACCACCACUACCAUCAACCACAGCAGCUCUACGGCUGCCUCCACCACAUUAUUGAACUGCCGGGAGCUGGCUCGCCGGUGAAGAGUGAUCGGCCGUACAGUGGUAAGGGAGUGCCAAGUCGGGGCUUUGGCACUGGCAUCACCAAGUCUUAUAGUGUAGAGAGCUCGGCGCCCCCCGUGCCCCCUCACCAUCUUCACCAUCUCCACCAUCACCAUAAUGCCACCCACAGUAUCCGAAGAUCACAGUUGCAGCAAGCAGUGUCGCAGAGCAGCGGUGUUGGGACCAGCGGUCGACGGCAGGUCCCGCGGGGCACUGCAGCCGACGACAGCGGUAACCGCAAUAGUCGAUGGCGGGGCAGCGGCGCCCAGGGCAAUACCCAGGGGUAUGAAUUGUCACAAGAUUUUGCCGACAUGCGACUCGAGAUGCUGGAGCGCAGGUAUGGUGGUGUGGUGGCCCGACGAGCAGCCAUCACUAUCCAGAGGGCAUACAGGCGGUAUGCGAUGUACAAGAAGUUCCGCUCCAUCACCGCCACAGCCAAGGCCCAGGAGAAGCGGCUCUCCCGAAGGUUUACGGUCGACGUCCCGGAGUGGUCGGACUCCUCGGGUCAACAGUACCAUGACACUGAACACCUCAUCCGUUCAGAGUUCGAUCAACUGCAUAGAAACUUGAGUGCCACGGUGUAUGGUGAAGGCAGACGGCCAGCACGGUCACUGUCUAUGCGUGACACACCACGCACGACAGUCUCUGUCACAGCCUCUUCCACCAGACAACAGCAAGACCCAUAUGAUCUUCAUGAUGCCCUUGCUUCAAUGAAUGACAGUUCAUUAUACUGCCAUGUGUCUGCACAGUCGCCCCUCACGCCAACAUCCACAGCAACGCCAGCGCCCACGCACGUCAGGAAUGGCUCGGGGGACUACCAGGGUCAGCAAAAUGACCGAGACCUUAAGUACUUCUCUUCAGAGGACAGUGGUCUUGGGAGUCAAGAUGGUAUAGGUCUGAAUCGCAUUGGUGUUUGUGGUCGCCGUACUAUGCGUGGCAAGAAGGUUCCUCCAGAAGUACCCCGCCGCACGUCUUCUAUAAAGUCUUGUGAGAGCAGUGGAAGUAAUGACAGUGUUACAACACUCUCAAGUGCCACACAUAGACUCCAGUGCCGCCCCCCAUCCCUAACUCCUCCAUCCUCAACUCCUUCGUCACUCACCUCGGAGGGAGGUCACAGUGACACACGACCACUUACAAGGUCUGUGGACAAUGGAUCCUUAUCGAGUGUACAGUCCUCGGGGUCAGAUUCUUCACUUUCCCAGUCCGCUUCGGACCGUGCUACUCCCCUUUCUACUCACGACCCAGUUGAUAAUGCAGACUACCAUCCCACAUCACCAAUAUGGAAACGCAAAAAUCAACAGAUGAGCACAAGCGACGUCAUCUGCGACGAUAAGCGGUUGAGCCAGAUCAGCGAAAACUCAGAAGAUUCCCUGCAGUCCCAUUCCUCUGAGGGAAUGACCUAUUCCCAAACCAUGCCCUCACAGACCCCACACUCGGCACGCUACGCCCAUGCUCAAUACACCCACACUCCUCACAUGCCCAAGGUACCAGAAGUUGUAAGAAAGAGACAGUACAGAGUGGGUCUUAAUCUAUUUAACAAAAAGCCAGAACGUGGUGUGACGUAUCUUAUAGGUCGUGGAUUUCUUGAAAAUUCUCCACAGGCAGUAGCAAAAUUCCUUCUAACUCGGAAGGGUCUUAGUAAACAAAUGAUUGGAGAAUAUCUUGGCAAUCUUCAGAAUAACUUCAAUAUGGCUGUUCUUGAGUGUUUUGCUCACGAUAUUGACCUGUCCGGUAUGCAAGUGGAUGUUGCCCUAAGAAAAUUCCAGACACAUUUCCGCAUGCCUGGGGAAGCUCAGAAAAUCGAACGCCUAAUGCAGGUGUUUGCUCAACGGUACUGUCAGUGUAACAGGGAUAUUGUCGCCAAACUAAGAGAUCCUGAAACUAUUUUUGUGUUAGCAUUUGCUAUUAUUAUGUUGAACACAGAUCUUCACACAGCAUCCAUGAAACAGGAAAAAAGAAUGAAAAUAGAUGAUUUUGUUAAGAAUUUAAGAGGUAUUGAUGAUGGGUAUGAUAUUGAACGUGAAAUGUUGGAAGGAAUGUAUCAGCGUAUCAAGUCACAAGAGUUUCGACCUGGUCAUGAUCACGUUACUCAAGUUUUAAAGGUGCAACAGACUAUGGUAGGCAAAAAGCCAAAUCUAGCACUACCGCAUCGUCGACUUGUGUGUUAUUGCCGACUAUAUGAAAUUCCUGAUAUAAGUAAGAAGGAAAGAGUUGGAGUUCACCAGCGAGAAGUCUUCCUUUUUAAUGAUCUUCUGGUUGUAACCAAAAUUUUCUCAAAGAAGAAAAGUUCUGUAACGUACACAUUUCGGCAGAGCUUUCCUCUUGCUGGUCUAGCAGUUUCUACUAAGGAAGUGGCACAUUACCCUUAUUUAAUGGAAAUUCGACAUCGUGUGGAUAAUAAGGUUUUGAUAAUUUUCAAUGCACGUAAUGAACAUGAUCGUAGCAAAUUUUGUGAAGACCUGAAAGAGAGUGUAUGUGAAAUGGAUGAAAUGGAAUCUCUGAGAAUUGAAGGAGAGCUGGAGAGACAAAAGGCUUCACUAAGAGCAUCGAGACCAAGCUCUACAGCCGAGAACCGAGACUCGGGAGUAGCCGAUAUGGAAUUGCUAACGACCAAUGAAAAGAAUGGAACUCUUAAACCUGAUUCUACCUUAAAGAGAUCAGCUUUAAGCAAUUCCCUACUGGACAUCCAUGAAGCUGAGGGUGUUGGGCAGACAGUGCGUCGGGGCAGUGUGGGCUCCCUCGACUCUGGCAUGUCUGUGUCCUUCCAGUCCACUAGUGCCUCCAAUGAUACUUCUCCUGCGAGUGGUCCUUCUGGGGGCAUUCAUCAAUCCCUCAUGUCCAGUGCCUCCCAUGGAGACCUCCAGCAUCACCUACAACGACGUACAAUGGCCUCCAAUUCUUCCUUCCUCGGUCAGCUGUUUCGUCCACGUAGAGUUUCACGCACUGAACUAAACACAACUGGAGUGGAGGUGUGACAGUUCACAAGCAUCCUCAUGUUUCAUCUUCCACGCAAGGAAUAGAUGAUCUUGGGCAAAGUCAGGUUGUAUCUAGCCAUAUUCUAGUCUUUCAAGUGUACACACACAUGCAUUCCAAAUGGAUCAGUGAAGAUGAAGCUGCCCAGACCAUCUGUUCUGUAACUUGCCCUGCGUACCUCAUACCAUGUAUGUGUGCAAAGGCAUUGGUACUUAUGUAAGUAGUAGCAAUGGUUAAAACCAAACAAAUUAUACAGUGCCAUUUAGUCAGAUGUAGUCACACAUAUAUAAUCUUGUGUAAAAUAUGAUGUAUAUAAGUCAUGUUGAAAUAAUGUGUGUAAUAUAUACCUAAUCCCAGUUAACGAAUAUAACCAGAACUAUGACCUUUCUGUCUCCAGGCAUUUUAGCAUUAGCAACUGCUAGUCUAAAGAUAUCAGGAUUUCAGAAGAUAUCCAGAAAAUAGUUAUAAUUUUAUUCAAUGUAAUGUGUGCACAACAGUUAAUAAUACAAAUAGCAAGAUACAGUUUAGUUUAAUAUAAACUGUAUACUUCCCUGUGGAAUUGACCUCUAGUCAGCACACAGAUAAUUGUCAUAUCUGAUGCUUCUAGGCAGAUUGUUGAACUGGCUUACUUUUGUGCAGUGUACCAGAUUACCGAUAUUACUAUAAAACAAACUCACUUAUAACUUUGUACAUACGGGAUAUAUUGUUAUAAUUUUGUCAGCUUGAUAAUACAGGCUGUCUUUCUAUGACAAAUAAAGACUAUAAAACAA